GUUAAAAAAAUAAAAUGCUGUUGCAAAGUAGUUAAAUUACCGUCCAACCUAAGUCUAUGUUUCAUAACUUUGUUCAAACGUGGCUGCUUUUGUGGUAAAGUAAAACGUGUCGGUGUCCUCACUAAGAAAAUAAAAAACAAUGAGUGCAUGAAUAAAAAACACAUUGUAGUGUAGUGUAGGUUUCAAAAGAUAAGAGUAAGUUGUUUCACACCACACCUCAAAUAGCAACACUCUCCUUUCACUUUUCUUUAUCAAAAACUUUCUACACUUGUUCACUAAGCAAUAAUUAUACAUUCCAUUUUCAUUUUAAGAAAACCUUCUUCAUUCUCAUUGUGCUCACAAGUUUUACAAAAUGGGAACAUCUCAAACAACAACAUUAGUAAACAACACAGUGUGUCGUUUCAUGAUUGUGUUGUUGUUUUUGUUUAUCAAUGUUACUGUUGCGGUUGGUGAUUUGAUAACAGAUCAGAAGAAUCUAACGGUUAAAUCUAAAGAUGAAGUGAAGUGCACUCCGUGUGGUGAAGUUCCGUCUCCGCCGCCGCCGACUCCUUCUCCUCCUCCGCCAGCUUCCACGAACAACUGUCCUCCGCCUCCUUCUCCACCAAGCUCCGGCGGUGGUGGUGGUGGUGGUUCAACUUAUUACUCUCCACCUCCGCCGUCUACUUAUUACUACUCAUCUCCGCCACCUCCGGCGACAUCCAGCGGAGGAGGAGGUGGAGGGGGUGGUUUGUAUUAUUAUCCUCCGCCGAACGGCGGGAAUGGGAAUGGAAACUAUCCUACUCCGCCGCCGCCGAAUCCAAUUGUGCCGUACUUUCCUUUCUACUUCCAUACUCCGCCACCUUCCCAUUCCUCGGCGGCGCCUCCGCUGUUUAAGAGAUCCGUAAUGUUCUCCGCCGUGUCGGUUUUACCUAUUUUGCUGAUGUUGUUUUGAUAGAAGAAAAAUAGAGAAACGAAAAUUGAGGUAAGUAAAAGUAAGUACAUGGAAUUUUGCAGAUCUUGAAGAUUAUAAAGAAAAGUGAAAAAGUGAAUGAAAAUGGAAAGUGUACUUAUUUUUUUUCUUCUUUCUCUUUAAUUCUGAUGUAAUGUAGGUUGAUCGAUCUGCAAUUUGUUGCUCAAUUUGUAAUUGUAUCUAGCUUUUUUAUUUUGUUUAGUAUGAACAAAUAAUUAAUUAAAGAAUAAAUUAAGCAUUAUUCAUUUCCAAUUAAA